ACCAUUACUGUAAAUUUUCGAAUGAUUUUUACAACCCAAAUAGUUUAGCUAAAUCGUUUGAGGAAUGCAACUGCUGACAAAAUUCUUCGCGCUGAUUUAGGUAUAAUGUUGCUCAUGCUUACACGGAGACUGCUGCCAGUGAGCUUCCGUGAAUGCAAUGCAUCACAAGAAUGACACGUUCGGAAUGCGUUCGCUGCAUCUUGUAACUGGCUUUGUUUGAGUGCUAUAUAAAUACUGCGAUUCAGCACAAUUUAGCUUAGUUUCGUUAUACGUUACCAAAAUAACUAUUACUGCCUGUCAACAAUGAACGGUCUGUGGAAAAUCACUUUUUGUCUCGGUUUACUACUGAUGAUGGCCAGCGCGGAGGAGAUGAUUGACGACAUUGAUGUUGAUUUAAUUUAUCAAACUGCAACGGGAAAUGUGAUCGAGCCUAAAGAGCCGACCAACAUUGCGGACGCUCCCAAGCCACCGGUCAUUCUAGAAACAUCGGAGCCUGUAAUUCCGGUAGCCGUUUGCACUCCCACGCAAGAGUCGUUGCAGAAAAUCGUAGGACAACUGUCGACAAUUAUUCAGGAGCUUUGGAAGCUACAGAAAGAAGAACAACUGAAGAUGGUGGAGAGCGGUAGACAACAACAGGCCAACACCGUUGGGGUUCUUCAGCUGUGGCGAUUGGCACAACAACUACAAAAUAUACCGCCACCGAUGGGAGCCACGGGAAAUUUUGCUUGAGAAAUGGGUGCAAUAAUGGAAAUUAAUGCUUGGCACAUGGAAGAGUGCCAUAAAUUGUGAAUGUACAAUCAAGGAAUAUCCUGAAGAAUAAAAUUGAAAUGAAAAUUUGUUCGUAUGAAAUGUUGGUUGAGCGUGUAACCACGGUGCUGUUGUUUAUCAUUGUUUUCUUGGUUAGUGAAAAAGCUUCUACAGGGUGUUUGGUUUCUCGUCUAGAUUUCAUAAACGGU